AUGGAGACUAAACGGAAACUGGAGCCUGGUACUUCCGAAGAGACAUCCGCGGGGAAUGGCGUGAAAAGACACAAGAAGAAGAAUUUCCCUGAUGCGGAACCGGACAGUUCUCCAACAUCCCCAUCCUCCUCAAACACCGCAAAACAAAGAACAAAAACCCAAUCCCGCCUCCAAAAACUCCAAAAGCUGACCCGCAAACUCCUAAACCACCCCGAACAAAUUCCAGAAGCACCCAUAAAUGGCUCAGCACCCGGCCCGGACCUCCUGCAAUCUCUAACAGCGCUCAACAAUUCCCUCUCCCUCUCCCUCUCCCUCUCCCUCUCCUCCUCCUCUCCCCAAACCCACAACCCCCAAGAUCCUCCGUCCUACUACUCCCAAUCCCCCCUAGACCGCCUCUACACCCCCUCCCUCCACCUCCACGCCCAAAACAUACUCCCCCCCCUCCCCCCCGUUCCCGACAAAUCCCUCCAAACCGCUAUCUUCACUCACGAAGGAGUCAACGACCCCACAAAUACCACAACUACCACCGCCUCAACAGAGAAAAACUACGAACGCCUCGAGCUUCUGGGAGACGCCUACAUUGAGAUCUUCGCCACGCGGCUGGUAUGGGAUACCUUCCCGCGUCUUCGGGCCGGCCGGCUGUCACAGAUUCGAGAGAUGCUGGUCAAAAAUGAGACAUUGGCGGAAUACGCGACGCGGUAUGGGCUCGAUAGGAGGCUGCAGGUUGCGGCGGAGAUACGGCGGCAGGCGAAGACGUGGACGAAGGUGCGCGGGGAUUUGUUCGAGGCGUACGUUGCUGCGGUGAUAUUAUCGCAUCCGAAGCGCGGGGUGGAGAUGGUUGAGGAGUGGUUGACGCAGUUGUGGAUUCCGAGGCUGGAGGGGGUUGAGAGGGAGAGGCCUGUGCUGCGGUAUAAGGAGGAGUUGGCGAAGAUGGUUAUGGAUAAGGGGGUGCGGGUGAGGUAUGUGGAUGAGAGAGAGGGGGUGCAGAGGAAGGGGGGACUGCAGACAUUUUUUGUGGGGGUUUAUUUGGACGGGUGGGGGUUUCGGGAUGUUUGUCUUGGGACUGGGACGGGGAUGAGUAAGGUUAUUGCGGGGAAUGAAGCGGCAAGGAAGGCUUUGGAGAAUCCAGUUGCGAGGGAGGCGGCGGAGAGGAAGAGGGCGUUUCAUGCUGGUGAUAGGAAGGGGAGUGAUACCGGUCACGUGGUAUCAAUCCAAUCCCCGUUCGACGUUCUCACAGAGAAAAGACAUCGAACUCCUCUUCCAUCCCAUCAACAUAACAUCGCCUACAGAGGAAUAAGUAUCCCUCCUCCACACCAUCACCACCACCCACCACCAAAACCACGACAGCGUGACAAACCCACAUACCAUACCACAAUGGGACUCCGCAUGCCCAUCCCCUGUGGCGUCUCCCUCCGCCGCACCAUCCCCUAUCUAUAUCGUCCAUUCAGCUCAUCCCCAACUCCAUCAAGUAAACCAGAGCUCGCCUACCAAAUCUGGCCUUCUCUCGAUAACUCUACCGCAAUCGAUGAAGACCGCAACCCGAUCGUGUUCAUGCAUGGACUCUUUGGCUCCAAACAGAAUAAUAGGAGUAUCAGUAAGGCGUUGGCGGCGAAGUUGAGGAGGAGGAUUUGGGUGGUUGAUCUACGAAACCACGGAGACUCCCCGCACCUGUCCCCGCACGACUACAUGUCAAUGUCAGAUGACGUCGAGGCAUUUAUCCAGCGCUUCAAGCUGCACAAGCCGGCUUUGAUUGGGCAUUCCAUGGGUGCAAAGACAGCAAUGACUCUCGCCCUCCGCUCCCCGCAGCUCAUCUCAUCACUGAUAUCUGUCGACAACGCUCCCGUCUCGGCGAAGUUGAGCAGCCAGUUCGUGAACUAUGUAAAGGCCAUGCAGGAGAUUGAGAGGGCGGGCGUCACGAAGCAGAGUGAGGCGGAUAAGAUAUUGGAGCGAUAUGAAGAGUCCCUCCCAAUCCGUCAAUUCCUCCUAACAAAUCUAAUCCGCAAUCCAACAUCCCAUAUCCUAAAAUUCCGCCUCCCCCUCUCAACCCUCGCCUCCUCGCUCGAUGAACUCGCCUCCUUCCCCUACAACCCCGCCACAGCGCCCGCGGACCUGAAGUUCGAGGGACCCGCACUCUUCAUCCGCGGCACGAGAAGUGGGUAUGUCAAGGAUAGCAUGCUACCGGCUAUUAAUAGAUUUUUUCCUAGGUAUCAGAUUGUGGAUGUUGAGGCGGGGCAUUGGGUUAUUUCAGAGAAUGGGGUGGGGUUUAAAGAUGCUGUUACGGAGUUCCUGAAGGAUAAUUAG